AUGCCCUACGAACACCCAUUCACAAAGAUGACCACAGACACAAUCCUCCGCUCAUCAGACGGCGAUGACUAUAGGGUCCCCAAAGUGAUACUGUCCGAGGCCUCUUCUGUCUUUGAGGCAUGUUCUCAUUACCGCAGCCACCAGUUGCAUUCGAUGAACACCCGUCGGAAGUCAAGAACACUACCGUCGUCGAGGAUCCGCAAGAGAUCAUUGCGCUUCUCGAUCCGGCUGACAAGGAUACCGGCGCCGUUGGCAAGUAUGUGGAAUACGCCUGCUGGAGCUGUGUCUGGGGAUCUGGUCGCAGAUGGCCUACGGACGAUGGCAGAAGUGCUUGUCUACCUAGAUGACGAUCUCGACGAAAUGCUGGCGAAGGAGUCCUGGACAAAUCCUCGCGGCCUUCAAGGUCCCGUAGUCACCUUCACUGCCUACCACUGUGUGCGAUUCAAAAUAUCCUGCGUGCCUUUGUAUGUCCGCGUGAGCAAGACCAGCCACGCGAUCAUUCCGAAGCAGACGAUGGGCAUUCGCGACGGUCUGCAUUAUGAUGACCAUUUAACAGAAACUGCCAGAGGCGGGAUGAUUCGCAUUCGAUGCUACGAGGAGUCUGGCGCGGAAGCAAGAGAAGCACGGAAGAUGCUCAACCAGUGUGCACAUUGCCAUAAGGGCAAGCGCGAGGUGGAAAGCUUUUCCAGAUGCAGCGGCUGCAAGGCUGUACAUUAUUGCAGCAGUGAGUGCCAGAAGAACCAUUGGCGUGAGCACAGAAAGCGCUGCCGACUUGAGCGCGAACGCCGCGCUCGUGUCGAGGAGGUCGACUACCAAUUCUUCUCCGACCUCUCGCUAGUCCCGGCCGCCCAGGCGGCCAAACACUCUGCGGCGCUACCAGGACAGCUCCUGGACGAGCUGCGCGUUUUCGGGGAUAAAUUCAUGCCUGCGCUCCUCACCGCUGGCUACAAUGCGCUGGUCCGCCCCAUUCGCAGUGCAAAAGCUAUCUCCGAGGCGAAGACUAUACUCUUCGUUCUCCUGGAGCGCCUUCCCGAUGACAGCUUGCCGACUUACCCUUGGUCACGCUUCCGAGUGGCUUUCGUGGGCGACAUGAAGAUCGAGCACUUGGUCGACUUCUUCAACGACGAGAGCGUCAGGAAGCUUGUCCCGCACACUGACGACCAGAUUCUCGGCCCCGACGGCGCCAAGAAGAUAAAGAUGUUCCUAUCCAGUAUAUCCUUUGCGACGACGCCCUCUACACCCGUCCACUACACACCCAGUGUGACUUUGACGCGAGAACAGAUGGCGAACUUCGAGGUACGAGGAGAUUGGCCAAACUGGUUCAAGGUUGUGGUACAGCGAACGUGUGGCCAUCCACCGUCGAUGCCAACGAGCCCUGAGACACUAUCGACGGCAUAA